AUGGCGGCUCCCCGUGUUGACUCUGAUUAUGUCAAACAAAUCGACAAGGCACGUCGCGACCUUCGCGCUCUCAUCUACAGCAAGAACUGUGCCCCUCUCAUGCUUCGUUUGGCGUGGCAUGACGCUGGAACCUACGAUGCAAAGACAAAAACAGGAGGUCCUAAUGGGUCAAUCAGAAAUGAGCAUGAGUUGAAACACGACGCAAACAAUGGUUUAAAACUAGCCGUGGAACUCUGCGAGGACGUGAAGGUCAGACAUCCAAGAAUCACAUAUGCCGAUCUUUACCAGCUUGCUGGAGUUGUUGCAGUAGAGAUCACAGGGGGCCCAACAAUUGGCUUCAUUCCAGGCAGAAAGGAUUCAUCGAUAUCCCCUGACGAAGGGCGGCUUCCAGAUGCAAAACUAGGUGCAGCACAUUUAAGGGAUGUGUUUUAUCGCAUGGGUCUGACUGAUAAAGAUAUUGUGGCUCUUUCCGGAGGCCACACACUGGGCAAGGCACAUCGAGAACGGUCAGGCUUUGAAGGACCAUGGACAAGGGACUAUAUGAAGUUCGAUAAUUCGUACUUUAAGGAAUUGCUGAGAGAGGAGCCAAGCGAAUUAUUGAAGCUCCCCACAGACAAGGCUCUAGUGGAGGAUCCUGAAUUCCGCAAGGAUGUCCAGCUUUAUGCCCAGGACGAGGAUGCUUUUUUCGCAGAUUAUGCCGCUUCCCACAAGAAACUCUCAGAGCUAGGCAUGAAGCCUUCUCAGGAUCGUCUCACGCUGGCGAAGGGUAUUGGGCUUGCCGUUGCCAGCACCGCCAUCAUCCUCGGUUUCUUCUGGACCAGGAGAAGCAACUGAACACCACCCACUUCCCAAUAAUCUCAUUUUCAUCGAUGUGUGACUCGUCAAUAAGAUGAAUUGUCUUUGAAGUAAAAUUUCAAUAUCUUUCUGCACAUUCUUUAUAUUAACUCU